GAAAGUAAGCUUUCAAAAUUCAUAUAUUCAUUACUUUUAAACAGCAAAAAAAAAAAAAAAAACGAUGGCUGGACCUAACGAUCUUCUGGCAAGUGCAAAGGAUGCAGCAGCUUCAGCACAGAAAACUGUAGGAAAUGCUGCUUCUGGUGCCCAGAAAACUUUGGGAAAUGCUGCAGCUGGAGUUCAUAAGACUGUAGGAGAUUAUGCUACCACGGCUGCUAAUUAUGUAAAACCCAAACCAGAUCCUAUUGGCAAAACCAAAGGUGCGGUUGAUGGUGCUGCAAAGUCUGUUGGAGGCUUAUUUAAAUGAACAAUAUCGUUGAUUUCACUUUACCAAGUUUGAUUAAUUAAUAAGGACACUAAACUUGCCAUCCCUUUUAAGAGUAUUGUGUAUAAGUUAGCACUGUGUAUCUUAUCAUAUAAUCUAUAGGAUAGGAUAUACUAAGUUGGAUCCAAUAUGUAAGGUAACAGAGUUAUGCUCUUUACUUUACUGAUCCUGCCUCUGUUUAUAUUUUUCUUAAUUCUGUUGCAUAUAUAUUAUUCAAUUCUGUUUCCUUUCUCGUA